AUGUCAUUCAAUUCCAAUCAAAGUUUCCUCAAUGAAAAUGUUUCAUCAAUCGAAUUAACAAUUUUAUAUGGAAUAACAAUUGUUGGAAUAAUUGUUAAUAUUUUUAUUAUGAUUUAUUUAAUGUUAAUUGCAAUUUAUCGAAUGAAAUCAUCAUGUUUUCUUUUUCAUCAUUGUUUAAUUUGUUUAGUUUUAUCAAUUUUAUGUUUUCCAUAUCGAUUAAGUUAUUUAAAUUAUCAAAUUCGAUGUGAUUAUUUAGCAAAUAUUCAAGUAACAUGUGUUACAGCUCAAUUAUUAAAUAUUGCUGCAAUGGUCGCAAGUGAAGCUUAUCGAUUUGAAGAUUUAAUUCAUCAAGAUAUCUCAACAACACAUAAUCAUUAUGAAUAUCAAUUAAAACAAACGAAUUCAUCGACAAUAUCAUGUGGUUGUCUUUCUUUUGGAAUUCUUAUUAUUUGGUUUUCGUCAAUUAUUCUUCAUUUAGGAAUCACAAUGAUCGGAAGUGAAGCGAAAUCUUAUUUUAUAAAUGAAAAAAAAUCUUGUAAUUUUUUAAUUCGAGAUAUUCGUGGUUAUGUUUUAACAUUAAUGUGGAUUAUAAUCAUUAUAUUUAGUUUAAUAAUAACAUUAAGAUAUAUUCAUAAAAUGUUAAAUGAAGUUUCAUUAAAACGACGUCAUAAUCAACCAUUAUUAUCUUUAGCAAUUCUUGGUCAAUGUCAUGGAGAAAGAAUUGCUUCCAAAGAUAUUCUUAUGCAACAAAUUGAACAAAGAAUUAAAUUAAAUAUUUUAUUAAUUAUUCUUUUUAUUAUUUUUUGGUUUCCAUUAUUUAUUUCAACUUUAUUUGAUAUUAAAUUUAAACUUAAUAAACAACUUUUAAGGUAUUUAUUAUUAUUUGCCUGGUCAAAUUCUUCUUUAUCCUCCUUAACAUAUUUAUUAUUUUUAUCUCGUUGUAAUGAUAUGUGUUUUUUGUGUUUGAAAAAAGAUCGUGAAAGUACAUAUGAUUCAUUAACAUCAUAUUAUAAUCGUAUCGGUGAUCGAUUUCAUGAUAUUGGAAAAUGGGAUGAAUUGAAAAAAGAAAAUUCUUUCAAAUUAAAUCAAAUACAAAACAAUUCACAAAAUGAUCUUCAUACAAAUUCAAAUUCAAUUCUUGUCAAAGAAAUUCCAUCAGAUCAUCAUCUUUUAACGAAUGGUUUAAUUGUUACAACGAAUAAACGUUAA